UAGUAGUGAUUUUGUUGUUGUUGUUUUUCUGUUGAUGCUGUUAUUGCUGAGAUUAAGUUUUAAUAUUGCCAUACAAAAAUGACAAUAUCACAUAAAUCAUAAAUUUAAGACUGGUGAAGUAGUUUUGUGCUAUAUAAUGCCUUGUCUAUAUAAAUUAUGAAUUAUGCAGAUAGAAAAUUACAAGAUACUAAAAUGAUGUGAUUUCAUUGGUCGAGAGGAAAUAUCUAAAAGUAUCAUAGGUUUAUGUCUUUUUUUUAUUUAGGCAUACUUAUCAUAAACCUGAUUGAGCUAACUCAUGUUAUUGAUUUUCCGCAAAUUGCGACGAUCAAUCAGAACGUGUUUGUUUCUCAAGACAAAUGCCAACAGAUUUCCCAAAUAUUUGAACAUUAUCCAAAUAGUCCGAAUAUAGGACUGAUAUUGCUGACGUAAAUCAACAAGCAAACCCACUUUCACAAACUUCUUGGCCCAUCGAGGAAAUCGAGACCUCAGAACAUAAGUGCACAGGUAUAUGAAAUGAGUGACAACUGUGAACCGGGUGCUUCUGUAUGCUGUUUUCAAAUAAACCUCGACAUAUCAUAUCAUGAUCAUGGAGAGACCAAGUUUGGUUGCCUUGUUGCUAGCCUCAUUGGCAAGUUUAUUUAUUCUGUUUGGAGACAGAUCAGGUUCUACGAACUACCUUCAUUCUCUUAUAUUGCAUAGACAGCAUAUACAAGAGGGAAUGUCUUCAACAGGCGAAGAUCAUAGUGCUUUUGCUGUUGAUGACCAGGGUCGAACUGGAGGACAGAACUUGAUGACGCCAGGAUCAGAUAGGAUCAUGCCAACUGCUGACGGAAGAAAAGAUGUUGCAAACCAACGAUACACCUCACAUUCACAGAGACAUGAUCUUGAAACGAUGGACAGCAUUGAGACCAUUCUUGGUCGCAUCAAUCAUACAGAUCCAGCAUGGGCCACAAAAGCUGAUUGCUGCUACACCUACAGCGAGAAACGAUCGGCGAUUUCGACAAGCUUGCAGGAAAAGAGACACUGCCGAAAGAGAUUGCCUGUCGCUUUGGUCAUCGGGGUCAAGAAAUGCGGAACCGGGACUCUGAGUACCUUCCUUGAUCUCCACCCAGCCGUCUCCAUGACUGGCGAGACGAGGUUUCCCAGAGAAAAUGCCACUAACACUUCUGUCGCAAGUUGGAUCCAACGUAUGCGUUUGAGCAGUCCAUACCAGUUAACCAUGACAGAAAAUCCGGGUUUCUUCUAUUAUAACUUCCUGUUGUUCCUCAAGCCAUACCUACCGUCUAGUGUCAAGUUUUUCUUGCUCCUACGCGAUCCUGUGGAUAGGCUGAUAUCAGAUUAUGCCCACCUGGUAGCGCAUUCAAACGCUCCCAAAGAUCGACCUUUUGAUAUUAUGUAUAGGAUAUACAGGAUUCGGGAUACCUUGGAAAAAACCAUACUGCAGCCUGAUGGGGACAUCAUGAAAUCAAAGCUCAUUUUACAGGGGAUGUAUAUCGACCGCAUUAAUAAAUUUCUUGACGUAUACCGGAAAGACCAAUUAAUGUUCAUCGACGGUGAUGCAUUUGCGAAGGACCCUUACCCAACAAUGCUGGAAGCAGAACGAUUCCUUGGCUUGCCAAAGUUUUACAAACGAUCACAUUUUGUCAAGAACGAUACAAAGGGGUUCUACUGUGCGAACGUGCCAGAAAGACCAGAUAAAAGGUGUAUGAUCCCGGGGAAAGGACGCCCUCACCCCAAAGUACCAGAGAGGUUUUUGAGAAAACUUCAUGACUUUUAUCGACCCUAUAAUAGAGCACUUAAUGAACAACUUGGCUUGAACUUUUCUUGGAUUUUUAAAUAGUAAUUAUCAAAAGUGUUUGUGCAAGAGACGACACGAUGAAAGAUUCCCGGAGAUACAAAUAUUAAGGAGUUAUCCCUUAAGCUAAUGGAAUGUGUAAUUGAAUUUCCCAGUGUAUUC